AUGGAGUCCCGGACGGCAGACGGCUGCUUCCUGGGCGAUGUGGGUUUCUGGGUAGAGCGCACCCCUGUGCAUGAGGCUGCCCAUCGUGGUGAGGCCUUGGAACUGCAACAGCUGAUCGAGAAUGGUGCCUGUGUCAACCAGGUCACAGUGGACUCCAUCACACCCCUGCACACAGCCAGUCUUCAGGGCCAGGCACAGUGUGUGCAGCUGCUGCUGGCUGCUGGGGCCCAGGUGGAUGCUCGGAACAUCGAUGGUAGUACCCCCCUCUGCGAUGCUUGUGCCUCUGGCAGCAUCGAGUGCGUGAAGCUAUUGCUCUCCUAUGGGGCCAAGGUCAACCCGCCCCUAUAUACAGCCUCCCCGCUGCACGAGGCCUGCAUGAGCGGAAGUUCCGAAUGUGUGAGGCUUCUAAUUGAUGUUGGGGCCAAUUUAGAAGCACACGAUUGCCAUUUUGGGACACCUCUGCACGUUGCUUGUGCCCGGGAGCAUCUGGACUGUGUCAAAGUGCUGCUCAAUGCAGGGGCCAAUGUGAAUGCAGCAAAGCUUCAUGAGACAGCCCUCCAUCAUGCGGCCAAGGUGAAGAAUGUGGACCUCAUUGAGAUGCUGAUUGAGUUUGGAGGCAACAUCUAUGCACGAGACAAUCGGGGAAAGAAGCCCUCCGACUACACGUGGAGUAGCAGUGCCCCUGCCAAGUGCUUUGAGCACUAUGAAAAGACACCACUAACCCUGUCACAGCUCUGCAGGGUGAGCUUGAGGAAGGCCACCGGGGUCCGAGGGCUGGAGAAAAUUGCCAAGCUGAACAUCCCUUCCCGGCUCAUCGAUUACCUUUCCUACAACUGA